AUGCCGCAGGAACGGACUGUGCGCCUACAGUUCGGGAACCGCAUAGAGGCGGUGUGUGUACUGGGCACCCGGCUCUGGGUCGAUGUCUACAGUGCAGCCCCUGCUGAUGCCAAGACCUUCAGCCUGAAACACACAGAUGCUGUACAGGUAGAAGCAGUGAUUGACGGCCAAGCUGAGGAGGCCACAGCCAAUGGCAAGCAACGAUGGGCCCUCUCCCCGAGGACUAUCCUCCGUCUCAGCAUGAGCCAGCCCAGCACAGAAGUCAGCAAUGACAAGGUCACCGUCAGCUAUUAUGGGGAAGAAGGCAAUAUGCCCAUUGACCAAGCUGGCCUUUUUCUCACGGCUAUUGAGAUCUCCCUGGAUGUGGAUGCAGACCGAGAUGGAGUCGUGGAAAAGAAUAAUCCUAAGAAGGCAUCCUGGACCUGGGGCCCUGAAGGCCAGGGAGCCAUCCUACUGGUGAACUGCGACAGGGAGAUCCCCUGGUUGCCCAAGGAAGAUUGCGUUGAUGAAAAGAUCUACACCAAAGAAGACCUGAAGGACAUGUCUCGAAUGAUCCUGAGGACCAGAGGCCCCAGUCAGCUCCCAGCCGGCUAUGAGAUGGUUCUCUACAUUUCCAUCAGUGACUCUGACAAAGUGGGCGUGUUCUAUGUGGACAACCCAUUCUUCGGCCAGCGUUACAUGCACAUCCUCGGCCGGCGGAAGCUUUUCCAUGUGGUGAAGUACACAGGUGGCAAAGCUGAGUUGGAAUUCUUCGUAGAAGGCCUUCGAUUCCCCGAUGAGAGUUUCUCAGGCCUGGUCUCCAUCCAUGUCAGCCUGUUGGAACUUCUGAUAGAGGGACUUCCCCAGACUCCAAUCUACACAGACACAGUGACUUUCCGGGUUGCUCCAUGGAUCAUGACCCCAAACACGUUACCUCCUGUGUCAGUGCUGGUAUGCAGCAUGAAGGACAAUUACCUGUUCCUGAAGGAGAUAAAGAACCUGAUUGAGAAAACUAGCUGCAAACUUAAGAUCUGUUUCCAGUACAUGAAUCGUGGGGAUCGUUGGAUCCAGGAUGAAGUUGAGUUUGGCUACAUUGAUGCUCCCCACAAAGGUUUUCCUGUGGUUCUAGAUUCCCCCCGAGAUGGGAACCUAAAAGACUUCCCAGUGAAAGAACUCCUGGGUCCAGAUUUUGGCUAUGUGACCCGGGAGCCCCUCUUUGAGGAAGUCACCAGCUUGGAUUCUUUUGGGAACCUGGAAGUCAGCCCCCCUGUGACGGUGAACGGGAAGGAGUACCCCUUGGGAAGAAUUCUCAUUGGCAGCAGCUUCCCUCUGUCUGGAGGGAGGAGGAUGACAAAGGUGGUGAGAGAUUUCCUCCAGGCCCAGUUAGUGCAGGCACCUGUGGAGCUGUAUUCGGACUGGCUGAUCGUUGGCCACGUGGAUGAAUUUAUGACCUUCGUCCCCAUCCCAGGCAAGAAGGAAUUCCGGUUACUCAUGGCCAGUACCUCUGCCUGCUACAAACUCUUCCGGCAAAAGCAGAAAGAGGGGCAUGGAGAAUCUAUCUUGUUCAAAGGCUUGGGGGGCAUGAGCAACAAACGGAUUACCAUCAAUAAGAUCUUGUCCAAUGAGAAUCUUGUGCAGCAGAACCUGUACGCCCAGCGCUGCCUGGAUUGGAACCGGGACAUCCUGAAAAAGGAACUAGGGUUGACAGAGAAGGAUAUCAUUGACAUCCCAGCUCUGUUCAAAUUGAACGAAGAAGGCCAAGCCUUGGCUUAUUUCCCCAACAUGGUGAAUAUGAUUGUGCUUGACAAGGACCUGGGGAUCCCCAAGCCUUUUGGGCCCCUGAUUGAGGAACAGUGCUGCCUGGAGGCUCAUAUAUGCUCGAUUCUGCAGCCCCUGGGUUUCACCUGUACCUUCAUCGAUGACAUUUCCUCCUAUCACAAAUUAAUGGGCGAGGUCCACUGUGGUACCAAUGUCUGCCGGAAGCCCUUCGCCUUCAAGUGGUGGCAUGUGGUGCCUUGACCUCAUGAGUGGGCUUGGCAUCCCCUUCCCUCAUUCCCUCCACCUUCUCUCCACCUCCUCCUAUAUUCCCAGGUCUUAUACCUUCUUGAAAAUUGCUUUUUCUUCAUUGGGCUGGGUCCAUUUUGAUAUCUCUAUUGGGAUGGGAUGGGGUCUGGGGAAAAGCUACACGUGACAUGUCUUGCCCAUGCCUGAGGUUCUGGAGCCCACUCAAAUUCACAUGAGAUGGUCUCUAGGUCUCCCAGUCUCAGGCUAAUGGAAAGGGGUAUGGUCAAUUCUUCUACGGACAAGAAAAGGUCUGACAGAUGCCAAAGUCAACCUGACUUUGACCCACAAGCCCCAUUUAGGAUCCCUCUCUUGAGGGAAUGCUGCCUUUAGCUUCUCUGGGGAUGGCCUUAGUCACUUCAUUCUUCACCAGCCCUUCUCACACCUCUGUCCCUGUCUUUCUCCUCAGGGGAUCCAGGCACAUCCCUUAAUAUCUCUCCAUUCUGCCCCUCAUCAGCCAUCAGCUGAUGGGUCAGCUACUCAGCUCCAGGCUAACUUCAGGUCUAGGGGACUAUGUGGAUUGGGGGGGAGGGAGAGGGAAUAGAUGCAAGGUAUACUGGGCCCUGUUGGGGAAUAUCAGCCCAAGAAUCCCCAUGACCAUUUCUAAUUAUCCCAAUUGCUCUCUUCUGUGCCUUUUUUCUGGAGGGAGGCCAAGGUUGGGACCAGGGGGUGGGAAAGGACCUUCUCUGUCCUCAGAGGUUCUAUGGUUCCCACCAUGUUGGGUCCAACCCUGGAGAUGGGAUCAAACAGCCAAUAUGUUUUCCAGGUUCUGGUAAUUGCUUUCCAAGACAAGAGGAUUAAAUAGCCAAUAGCACUUCUCCCCCAAAAAGGAAAGCAUAUAGUGUUCCUUAUCACUGUUUUAACUAUAGCCGAGUGAUGGGAACAUCACUCAGAGUUUGUGAGUUGGGGGUCUGGAGGUAGAGGACUUGAGUUCAAAUCCUAUUAACUGUGUGCCCUUGGGCAUAUCCCUUAAAAAUCUCCCUGGACACACAUAAAAAUGAUGUGGUUGAACUAAAUGGUCUCUGAGGUCUCUUCCAACUCAACGUCUAGGUUCCUGUGAUCUCUAUUCCCGCUUCUACUUUCCCCACCCUUCCAAGAGGCUUAUAAGAGAGAAAUCCCAGAAUCUGUCCCCAAGAGUGUAGGGACAAUAUUUAGGGACAUUUCUUAAAAUAACUCCUAGAAGAUGGUCUUCUUUUUCCAAGAGGUCUGCCUGGGGUGCAAUUCCUGCCCUACUUUCUCACAGAAACUCUUUUCCACAAAUGCAUUAGCUCUCUCCCCAAACUCCCAUCAAGAAAUUAAAAGUAUACAAUUUGGAAGCACUCACAACUGCAUGGAAUAUAGAUAUAAUGACUUUCCAUGCAUCCCUGGCUUUUCCCUUCUCUCUUUUUCCUAUUUUCUAUUAGCUCCACUCAACAAAUACUUUAAACAUCUACUAUGUGCAAGGCACUGGAUAUCAUAUAAAAUACAAAACAGUCCUGCCCUCAAGAAGCUUACAUUCUCCUGGAAUGUAGCCUCCCUGGGGCCAUUUCCCUCAGGGAACAGAAACUCAACUUUAUUGAGUGGUCAUCCAGACCAGAUCCUCCUAUGGCAUCUUGCCUUGGAGGGGACUUAAGCAAUUCAUUGAACACAAAUUAAUUUCUAGGAUUGAAUGAUAGUGUGUUGCUUGUCCCCUGGCCCAGUGUGACUCCAUUAAUCAGACAGCUGAACUGAUAACCACAUUGAUAAUUUAUGAAAAGGAAUUUCCCUGCCCUAAGACUAAGGCAUUCCAGAGAUAGGAUUUGGUGGAAUAUUCAUUCAGAAAAGUCCUUUCCCCCAUUUGUUCUGUUUCCCUUUCUCCUUAAGACUAAAUUGGCAGCCAUCUCCUUAUUCCUCAACAGAAGUGUAAAGUGGGCUGGGUGACCAGAGCUCUGCUCUAGGAUGAGAAAACUUGGACAGUGCCAACAGCUCUCUAGAGUCUAUCAAAACCCACUCUGUGCUUUUCAUGGUGGUCUUGUCCUGAGGUGGGCUUCCUAUCCCUUGAGUAGCUUGGUUCACUGCCUGACCCCAUUCCUACCUCUACCACUGCCACUUACCCCAGGUAUAAAUCAUGGCUCUGGUUCAGAUUUGGGGCAAGCUACUCAACCCAGGCCUUCAUUAGGCUGCAGAACCCAGCCAUGGGCCAGCUGUUGGUUUGUCGCCAUACUGACCACACUAACUGUUGAGAGUCAAUUUUCAGAAUUCUGUUUUAAGCAGUAUUUCUAUGCAUAGAGGUGCCUUUGGGGCUGAGUUGAUUUGCUGGGAGGAUGACUAUGUCCUUGCUCCAUUUUGGAUUUUUAAAAAACACCAACCCCUUUCAGGAAUGGUUAUCCAUUCAAAUUUUGAGGAAGAGAGAGAUUUGGUUAGCCACAUGGACCUUAUUCUCUGAUAAACUGCACACAUUUCUGAUUCCCAAAGUGUGAUCAUUCACUACUGUCACUACGUUCAGUGGUCUGGAAUGACAAAAAUUCCUAUAAUAGAAGGGAAAAAAAAUCAAAAUCUGGAGGUCAACAGGCCUGGGCUCCAAUCCUUACCCUUAUGACUUUGAGCAAAUGUCAGCUUCCAGAUGCAUUGUGGCAAAAUGAGAGUCAAAAGAUCUGGAUUCAAAUUCUACCUGCCCCUUGGUACCUCUGUGAUGUUGGGUGAAUUAGUCUCCCUUCUCUAAUGAGGGAGUUCAACUCAAUGACCUCUAACUUUCCAUCUCUAAAUCUCAUGAUUCUACAAUCUCAUGGCCUCCUUGGACUUCUUCAGAUUCCUCAGGUCCGACCCCUUAAAAGUUAAGAAGCUGGACACGUUAUAAAGGUCCUUAAUUUUUUGUGUGUCCUAGAUCCCAUCUGGUAGUCAUUCUAGAGAAGCCUAUGGACCCCUUUUCAGAAGAAUGUUUUUAAAUGAAUAAAAUAAAAAUCAGAUAAAGGAAACCAAUAAGAGUGAAAUAUUUUUUAAAACAAGUUCACAGCCCCUAGAUUAAAUGAUUUUUAAGGUUCCUCCCAACUCCCAAAAUAAACUCUACAUUUCUUGAAGUUUUUUGGCCUGGGCCAGUAUCACUAGACAGACAACACCCUGAGAGCUGUCAGAAAUUAUAGUCUUUUCCAUGGAGGUGAUGGGCCUGGGUGCUUUGGGGAUGCUGAGAUCUGAGCUCUCCCAUGAUGCCUCAUCUGUUUCUGUCCCCGCAUGCCAAGUGCUUAUUAUAAGGUUCUUUUGGGAGGGAGCUUCAGGAUACCACACCAUAUAUGUGGAUUUGUGUGUUUGUGUUUUGUGUGUUUUUGACUCCUAGCCUGAUAAGACAUUCACCCCUACGCAUGUGAUAGAUUUUCCUAAGGUUUUUGCAACUUGUGAAACUUUUAAGUCAGUUGCAUUGUGACCCAGCAUCAGGAGGGACCUCUCAUCCAUUUGGGGGCAGUGACUCCCAGAGGAUCCUGAGGCUACCAGAGCUAGAAAGCCUUGGAGGCCAGAGAGACUCCUUAGUGACCUAGAUAAGAGACUGAUUAGUGUCCAAGUUUAAGCUCACAAAGCUAUGUUCAUGGUAAGCCUUAAAAAUAUUUCUUGUAGGGGCAGCUAAGUGGCUCAGUGGAUAGAGAACCAGGCCUGGAGUCAAGAGGACCUAG